AUGACAAUUUAGAAAAUCUUCAUGAUAUCUUAUCAAUUCCAUUUAUUUAUUAAUAAUAAUCAUCAACGUUUAAAAUAAUUUUGCAAAAAGAAUUUAAAGAAAUUUAAAUUGAAUACUGUGGUAAUUGUUAAAUAAUAUAUUUAAAAUAUUGUCGUGUUAGAUCAAUAGUAGAAAGAGGAAUAAUAUAUUAAUACUAUCAAAUCCAAGAUGAUUGGAAAUACAUAAAUUUAUUAUUUUUUUCGUUUUUAAUCAACUUAUGCCUAUCCUAACAUACAUAUAAGUUCUCAUAAUAUAGUUUGCAAUAUAAUGCUGCUGUAAAUUAAGAUAUAUAUUUAGUUGGCAAAUAUUUGGUUUAAAGCGAUGUCACUACUCAGACUACUUCAAGUUAAUGGAAUGA